AGAAAACCACUGGUAAGGUCGUUCGCGGCUCCGGCAACACGGUUAGUAUACACUGGUCCGUGGUAAAAGUGUUGCGCUCGACGUCGGUAGUAAAAAAUAAUAGUAAAAUUUUGUUUAAAAACAAAAUAAAUACAAAUCGGGAGCUCGUGAUUGUGCGCAACCACGUUGGUUUUUCGAUUGACUUUACGUACAUAUUUGGUUUAUGUUUAUUGACGUUUAUUGACGUUAAAAUUACUAAAAUGGCUGAGUUAUAAUGCAGUCGUGGUUCUUUCAGUGCGCGGUGUGUGUAUGUGCAGCGAGUGGAUAAUAAGAAUCUGUCAAAAUUGCUAAUGCAUAUAAGUGCAUAUCAAAUUCUUAGAAUAAGAAAAGGCCUCGAAGACGCCGUUCACCCGCAACCGUGGUCUAGCGUUAGAUCACUGGUGCAGUUCAUUGAUCGUUUAUCACACUAAAUCAUUAUACGCUACCUAGGUAUAUGAUUUCUGAUAUGAUAAUAAUAUGAUGAUGCGAGGGGCCGCCGACCGUAUUAUUAUAAUAUAACGCGCACGAUCUCGCUGCCCCGUCGCCCCGACUGCAAUACUGCAGGGGCCCGCACUGCAGCACCAUGUACCGGUCGAACUUUUACGAGAGCACGUGCCUGCGAUGCUACCAGACGGUGUACCAGGUGGACCGGGUGGGUCCGCUCAAGGACUUCACGUUCUUCCACAGUGGAUGCUUCAAGUGCGUCGUGUGCGGUACGAAGCUGACGCUGAAGACGUACUAUAACAACCAGCACCGGCAGGAGGACAAGGAGGUGUACUGUUCGAGCCACGUGCCGAAAAUCGGACCGGGCCACCUGGACGGCACGUCGGUGGGCAUCAGGAGCGCGCUGAACGUGCCCAAGUCGACGACGUACGUCAACGACCAGAUACGCGGCAGCGGCAAGGGCACGUUCGACGCCGAGGCGCUCAACAUCAAGCAGCACCUCAACGGCUCGACGCCCAACAACCGCGCGCAGUCACCGCUACCGGUGCCGUACAUCAGCUCGUCCACCCCGGACACCGGUUACCAGUACGGCCGGUUCGACGCCUCGGCGCUGCACAUUGCACACGCGCUCCGCGCCACCGAACUCCACAAAUCGUACCCGAACAAGAACGGUGUCCGGGAGAAGCCCAUACACUGUUAUUUGGUGAGUGUUCCGAUCCCAUGUGUAUAAUUAAUGAUAAAAUUGUGUAAUGUAGAAGUGCAUUGAUUUUACAUUUUUAAUGAAUUUUUUAAGGUUUUUUAGUGCGUUGAAUUUACAGCCCUGAUAAUUAUUAUAAUGUUUUUGGGCGCCGCACGUGGUAGACAUUUUUUCCACACAAUUUCUCAAAAUGUGGGCUAACUUCCACUUAAAUAAUAUUAUCUCAAAGUUAACCGAAUACGCCUGUAUCGAAAUACGUAGGUGCGUAUCUAUAGUUAUUAUUUUUUCAAUCAUUUUUGAUUACCUAUAUAUAAACAACAACAUUAUAAGGUACUUAUCGUAUUACCUACAAAUUAUAAAUGAUACCUA